AUGAGUGGAACGACAAACAUACGACUCUGCGCCCAGUCGGUCGUCGGCCUUGCGCGGGAAACGCCGCGGUCAAAAGAUAACCGGUCUAGAUCGAACCCGCCAUGUGCCCCGCUCGCCUGGGCUGUGGCCGUGCAGCAUCCCUCCAUUCCAUCCACGGAUGACGGGAUGGCUUUCGCUGGAGUAUCCUACGCGGACAGCCCGCCGCCUAUUAAUCCUGCUGCUAUACUCGGGCGUACUCCGAAGGAUAGAGCCACAGAGCUACAGCAAACACAGCGUAGCAGGAGGUCGUCAGUGGUCGUCUGGGCCACGGAGCUGGCUCCGCUGCAGCGCAUAGCUCGGGGGCGAGAAGAAGCCGGAGAGAAUAUCUUGGUUCUAACGACCGCAGGAAGUGGACCGGCUGCAUCGACGAUGGGUUCUCUUCGACUUUCCUUAUCGACAAAUACGCCGCAGAUUCCGGGGUUCAUGGGUCCAGAGUGGAACGACGCGCAGGCUGGUACAUGA